CUAUGUACGUAAUGAAACCUUCUGCUUCACAUUCUCUGUGAUACAACGUUCCAAUCCGAACAUCCGAAAGGGAGAAUGUACAGGACACGCGAAACACUCUGAGAACGCGCCGGAACUAAACCGUGCCUCAAAAUGGUUGCCAUGGAGACGCGGCCCUCGUACACAGGGCCUGCUUGUGCGUUGCGUUGAUAUAGUCGCCAUGCUAUAGUAACAGUUUUAGAAAACAAAAAUGGCUCUGCCCGAGCCCGUUCGCCGGCAUCUCGACUCUCUGACAAGGAAUGUGUUCAGCGAUGCCAGGCGGACGGUACCAAAGAAAGGCGAUGACGGCGCCGCCAGCGACGAUCUCGUCUCCAAUUUACCUCUACAGAUGUCGCUGUAUUUCAAUACAUUUUAUUUUCCAUUCUGGUGGAUUUGUGACGUUUUAAUGCUUCAAUUAAAGUACGGACUACUUCCUGAUUUUUAUAAGUUCAUCUUGGUGACUAUUCUUAUCCUCAUGACUCUCAUUGAAGUUAUUCGACUUUAUCUAGGAUACAGUGGAAACCUUCAAGAAAAGGUCCCUGAAAUAGCAGGCUUUUGGCUGCUAAGCAUUCUGUUACAGCUGCCACUGCUACUCUUUUUGCUGUUCAACCCUGGUCUAGAACCACUACCUCUUGAACUGGCUGCACAUGGGAUUCUGACAGCAUUUCUACUCUUUCAGAUCCCCGUCUCCUCCCUCACUCUACGAAGGACCACUAGGCGACUUGCUGGGAGAUUUCAUCAGCUGGGUAACUCAGAGGCACAAGCCUAAAAUAAACAUAUUUUGCUUGGAAAAGUUUGUCUGCUCUCUUAACAUGGUCUUAUCUAGAAAUGGCCUUAUCUAGUGCAGAGAUUUGAACUGUUGUAAACAAAACCAGAGAGCUAAGCCUGUGAGAUGAUUUAAUUGAGCCAGUCAACAUAUGUUUCUUUACAAGCAAGCAAAGUGCCUUAUUGUCGUGGUUUUUGUAUUGUUUGUUCUGUUUUAAUGGAUUUUAAUUUAUUCUCUAAAACGUUUGGUAGAUGUCUAAACUUGACAUAAUUUCCAGAAUCCUUUGUAAAUUGCUUGUUUUAAACUUAGCUUAUAAAGCUUGCCUUUCAUGGUUUGUAAUGUAUGUGUUUUCAUAUUUACUGCAGUAUUUUCUAUAAUAUUUACACCUGUGUGUAAAUUGAUAUGUAAUUUAUUUUUUUGUCAAUUGUUCAGAAAUGUGAUGUAUAAAUGGAACUGUACGAUUAAAUAUUUCAGUAUUACCAUAUACUGCCUUUCAUGUGUCAUUACUAUGUAACAGAUUUUGUUCUAGAGUGAUUUCUCAUUCUUUCCCCUCGCUACACUUUGUACUAGUUUAUUUAACUCUUUUCUAUACAUAAUUUAAUAAAAACUUCUAAAUAUAGUUCUCAUUGAACAAUUAGCAAACUUUGAUAUUCCUUUUCUAUACCCUUCUUUAAAUGAGUUUCAGGCUAGUAUAUGUGAUUGCAAUUUUAAAUCCUCUGGCUACUUGCCUUCUCAGUGCCUUAAGAAUCCAUUUUUAUUUUCUCAAUUUUUACACCUCUAAAGCAGGAUAUAUGAAAUGUUGAUCACAUAGCUUCACUGUGAA